AUGCCGCCCCCGGCGUACGAGUUUCGAGGGGGUCAUCAACGCUCAUCGCAUCAUCCCAAACAUGAAUUUACAUUUCGGUACAUGCGCCCUGCCACGUCGGAACGGCCCCUCUUAAGAACGAGGAGAGAAGUAACCCCAGAGUUGCUCGUCGGAUCUGGGACGGGGGAUGAAAAGCCGGCAAUGAAGUUUGCACCGAUCGAGAACCUUAGCGAUAGCGAAGAAGCCGAUAUGGAUGUGUCCUCGGAUGGAGAAGAAGAUUCACGUCCUCGCAAGAAACGCGCCCUGGAAAACGAUGACGUGCCUACCCCAGAGCCCAUCGUCCCCCCAAAGCCCACGCCAAAAUGGUCUAAUCCAGACCCGUACACUGCUCUACCACCACCAGACGAGACUCGGGCCGGAAGAGUGGAUGUGGUCAAACUGAUUCGGAAAGCGCGCAUUGCUGCGAGCGCACAACCCGCCCAAACGGAUGCCGUUGUAUCGAACGAAGACUUUAUUUCCCUUGCUGGCCUUGUUGACGAGGAGGAGGAACAGCAGAGACCACCCGAGAAUGCACCUACAGGACCGAGACGCCAUCUGCAAGGAAAUGAUCCUGCGCUUGGCAAUCGGAAGAGAACAUACGACGAUGAGAUUAAGGGGCCUGCUAAACUGAGCGGAAAACCAAUUAGCAAGUUCUACUGCGAUGCCGCAAUCAUUGAUGAAUGGAAGCUACGCCCAUCCGAAUCAGGGACUCCGUGGUUAAGCCACAUGCAGCCUACUUUACAUCUGGGGACAAGGCUGCAUAACGAGAUUUUGAAUUUCUAUCAAUGGGUAAAACCCUUGCAGUAUGAGCAAAUCGUGCGUUCAGAUACAGUGUCUAGGCUCCAGACUGCUUUUCAAAAUCGGUACUAUAGUGUGCAACUCCGCCCUUUCGGCUCAUUCGCUUCUGGAUUAUAUCUUCCGACUGCUGAUAUCGACCUUGUGCUCCUUUCUACCAACUUCAUGCGCAACGGUAUCAAAACAUUUGGAGAGAGGAAAGGGCAGAUUUAUGCUUUUUCGGCCUUCGUUAAGAACCUGAAUAUUGCUGUCCCCGGCUCAAUAGAAACUAUUGCUCAUGCUCGAGUUCCGAUUUUGAAAUUUGUUGAUAAAUUGACCGGGCUCAAGGUGGAUCUAUCGUUUGACAAUGACAGCGGGCUUAUUGCAAACAAUACAUUCCAACAGUGGAAGUCAGAAUAUCCGGCGAUGCCUGUUAUUGUAUCGGUAAUCAAACAGUUCCUCCUCCUUCGGGGCCUAAAUGAGGUUCCAACAGGUGGCUUGGGUGGGUUUUCUAUAACCUGUCUUGUCACCAGUCUUCUUCAACACAUGCCUCAUAGCAAUCUUUCGCCAAAUCUGGGCGGCAUUCUUAUGGACUUCUUCGAGUUUUAUGGAAACAAUUUCGACUAUGAAAGUGUUGGGAUUCGCUUGGCUCCCCCAGGUUAUUUCAACAAGCGAGUCUAUAAGGUUUACAAAGAAAACAACAACGCCCGUCUUUCUAUAGAGGACCCAAACAAUCCUGAUAAUGAUAUAUCUGGUGGAACUCGGGAAAUUGCUUUGAUUUUCAAGUCAUUUUCAGAGGCAUAUCGACUUCUUAAAAAUCGGAUGCUGUCGAUGUCCAUUUCAGGUAGAAAUCAUGACAGCAUCCUUGGAGCCAUUAUUGCUGCAAACUACGAUGAAUACACUGAGUGUCGAUGGCAACUACGUGAUGUCUUCGACAACAAUCCUAGAUUUGCCCAGUAUCGCCAAUCUCCUUCGCCUCCACCACCUCCUCAGAGUCCUCCGCCAAAGGAGUCUGUCCCCCCACCUCCCCCUCCAACGGUCCCAGUUAAACCAUCAGCACCGUCUCCGCAAUCGUCCCGGGAAUCUAAAGAAAAGUUGACGAAGAUACAAAGAAAGAAACAUGCCUCGAAAGAUCGCGCGUCUCGUUUGAAACAACUGCGUCCAGACAUCGCGUCCAUCCCGACUUCUAUCAGCAAUAAACAAGCCCUUGAACUCGGCGGCUACAGUACCCAGUCUGAAAUGGACAAGGAUCUAACCAUGCGGGAGAAGGGGUUGAGUAACGCUAGCAAAAGCUAA